AUGACGAGCGACGACCCACGAACGGUGACCACGAACGACGACGACGACCCACGAACGACAAUGACCCAAGUGAAUCCUUACAUGGAAGACCACUCUCAGGUUGUGAACAUGAUGGUCGAUAGUGAGAAAGAUUGGACACCUUACAUGGAAAUGGAAUUUGAUACACUUGAUGAGGCUUGGGAGCAUUGGUGCCAUUAUGGAAAACAAGUUGGAUUCUCAACAAGAAAGAGUUUUUUAAAUAGAAGCAAGUUAGAUGAAAAAGUUACAACAAGGGGAUCUGUAUGUUCUAAACAUGGUGUCCGUUUAGAAGACAAACGUAGGGUUCAUAGCAGCCAUAGAGAUGAGACAAGAACGAAUUGUCAUGCAAGGCUACUUGUUCGCUUGAAACGAGAAAGUGUACGUAGUGCUGGAAUCAAGCCUAAGGACGCACAUGAGUUGAUGAGUAGAGAGGCUGGCGGCAGGGAUAGCCUUGGAUACAUUGCCAAUGAUCAUAAAACUUAUCUCAAAACAAGAAGAGAGAAAGCUAUGAAGUAUGGGGAAGCUGGCUGCAUUUUAAGGUACUUUCAAGAUGAACAAAUUAAUAAUCCUUCAUUUCAUUAUGUGGUUCAAUUAGAUAAUGAAGAGCAAAUUACUAAUUUUUUUUGGGCUGAUGCAAGAAUGAUUAUUGAUUAUGGUUAUUUUGGGGAUGUAGUCACUUUUGGUACUACAUAUGGUACUAACAAAAAUCUAAGACCUCUAGGUGUAUUUAUUGGAUUUAAUCACCAUAAAGGUGUAGCCAUUUUUGGUGCUGCUCUGCUUUAUAAUAAGAUAGUAGAUUCUUUCAAGUGGCUGUUUAGAAGCUUCUUAGAUGCACAGAAUGGGAAACGGCCUCAAACAAUAUUUACGGAUCAAGAUGCUACAAUGGCUAGAGCAUUGAAAGACGAGAUGCCUAAUACUUUUCAUGGGCUAUGUAAUUGGCAUAUAAUGCAAAAUGCUAUAAAGCACUUAGGUAAUCGUAUGAAGGAUGAUGAUUCUUCUCUGCUUAAGGACUUUAAGAAGUGUAUGUUUGAAUAUGAAAGUGAGACUGAAUUUGAAGAAGCUUGGAAAAUAUUGCGUGAGACUUAUAGUGUUCAAGAUUCAAGUUGGCUAGAUGGUAUAUACCAAUUGAAAGAGAAGUGGGCUAAAUGUCAUUUGAAGAAAGCAUUUACUCUUGGAAUGCGGAGUACUCAACUAAGUGAAAGUUUGAAUGCGGAUGUGAAAGAUUAUCUGAAGUCAGAUCUAAAUAUUGUUGAUUUUUUUGAACAAUUUGAGAGGGUGGUAAGGCAGAAGAGAGAAAAAGAGUUGUUGGCAGAAUUUAACUCAAGGGAAAAAAUACCUACAUUAUCUUUGAAGAGGUCUGCCAUAUUGCAACAAGCUGCCCGGAGAUGGACUAGGGAGGCAAAGCUUGGAUACACUGUGCACAAUGAGGAGAUUGUGGAAGGUAAUCACAGCAUGGAACUUAUAUAG